UCUCCAGUAUUAUACCCCCGCCGCCUCCUGGUGUCUCUGCUUCGCUGCGAGCCGGGAGCGCGGCUGCGGCUGGGGCCAAUGCGCGGGCGGCGGGGCGCGGGGCAGCGCUGAGCGGGGGCAGCCGGGGCUGCGACAUGGAGCCCGCGGGCAUCGCCUGCCUCCUGCUGUGCUGCUCGCUCGCCCUGCCCGCCGGCGCCCUGCGGCGCCCCGGGGACACAGAUCCCAUUCUGAGGAAUAUAGAGGAGUACAGCCUCGUCAUCCCCACCAGCACGGAUGCAGAGGGCAGGUUCCUAUCCCACUUGGUGUCUGGACUGCCAAAAGCACGCUUCAGGAGAGCUGCGGAGGACUCGCGAAGUGAAGCGGCAAACGAGCAGAUAUUUUACAAUGUCACCGUUUUUGGAAGAGAGUUUCACUUCAGGUUGCGGCCAAACUCCAGGCUCGUCGCCCCUGGAGCAACAGUUGAGUGGCAGGAAGACUCGGAUGAGACUCGCGUUGAACCUCUCUAUGGGAAUUGCCUCUAUGUUGGGGAUAUCACUGAUUUACCGAACGCUUCGGUCGCUAUCAGCAACUGCGACGGACUGGCUGGCAUGAUUCGCACAGACAAGGAUGAGUUCUUCAUUGAACCUCUGGAGAAGGGGGCCCAAGAGGAGGAGGAGGGAGGAGGCAGAACGCAUGUGGUCUAUCGCAGAGCUGCUGCCAAGAAGCAGCUUCCUACUGAGAAUACGGAUACCCUGUAUAAAGCAGCUAACCUCACUAAUUUGGAUAGUCUCGACAGUGCGUUGAGCUUUAUUGAAGACCGGGUGCAUAGAUCGAGGCAGCGCCAUCGAAGGCAUGUGACAGACGAUGAUUACAACAUUGAAGUCCUUCUGGGAGUCGAUGACUCAGUUGUUCAAUUCCAUGGGAAAGAACAUGUUCAGAAGUACCUGCUGACCCUUAUGAACAUUGUCAAUGAAAUUUAUCAUGAUGAGUCCCUAGGUGCUCACAUUAACGUUGUCUUGGUGAGGAUAAUCCUGCUGAGCUACGGCAAGUCCAUGAGUCUGAUAGAGAUUGGGAACCCUUCACAAAGUCUGGAAAAUGUGUGUCGCUGGGCCUACCUGCAACAGAAACCUGACACCGGGCAUGCAGAAUAUCAUGACCAUGCUAUCUUUCUCACACGGCAGGAUUUUGGUCCAUCUGGCAUGCAAGGCUAUGCUCCAGUCACUGGAAUGUGUCAUCCUGUUCGAAGUUGCACUCUCAACCAUGAAGAUGGUUUUUCAUCUGCAUUUGUGGUGGCUCAUGAAACUGGACAUGUUUUAGGCAUGGAGCAUGAUGGCCAGGGGAACAGAUGCGGAGACGAAGUCCGCCUGGGAAGCAUCAUGGCCCCCCUCGUGCAAGCUGCAUUUCAUCGCUUCCACUGGUCUCGUUGCAGCCAGCAAGAGCUGAAUCGGUAUCUCCAUUCCUAUGAUUGUCUGCGUGAUGAUCCCUUCGAACAUGACUGGCCUUCCCUUCCACAACUGCCAGGAAUUCACUACUCCAUGAAUGAACAGUGCCGUUUUGAUUUUGGUUUGGGCUACAUGAUGUGCACAGCUUUCCGUACCUUUGAUCCCUGCAAGCAGCUGUGGUGUAGCCAUCCCGAGAACCCCUACUUCUGCAAAACAAAGAAAGGGCCUCCGCUGGAUGGGACCAUGUGUGCACCAGGAAAGCAUUGCUUUAAAGGUCACUGCAUCUGGCUAACACCAGACAUCCUGAAGCAGGAUGGGCACUGGGGAGCGUGGAGUAAGUUUGGCUCUUGUUCUCGCACCUGUGGCACCGGAGUGAAGUACAGGACACGGCAGUGUGACAAUCCGCAUCCUGCUAACGGAGGCCGUACAUGUGUGGGGCCGAGCUACGAGUUCCAGCUCUGCAACACUCAGGACUGUCCUAAGGACUUCGAAGAUUUCAGAGAGGAGCAGUGCCGACAGUGGGAUCCUUACUUUGAGUACCAGAACACGAAACACCACUGGCUCCCCUAUGAGCAUGUUGAUGCUAAGGAAAGGUGCCACCUGUAUUGCGAAUCAAAGGAAACCGGGGAUGUGGUAUAUAUGAAGAGGAUGGUACAUGAUGGGACUCGCUGCUCCUACAAAGAUGCUUACAGCAUCUGCGUGAGAGGAGACUGCUUGAAAGUUGGGUGUGACAGGGUCAUAGGUUCCACGAAGCAGGAAGAUAAGUGUGGUGUUUGUGGAGGAGAUAAUUCCCACUGCAAAGUGGUGAAAGGAACAUUUUCAAGAGUACCUAAGAAACAAGGGCACAUUAAGAUGUUUGAAAUUCCUGUUGGUGCAAGACAUUUACUCAUACAGGAAACAGACGCCACCAGUCAUCAUCUCGCAAUUAAAAAUCGUGCAACGGGGAAAUUCAUUCUAAGCGAAGACAACUAUGUGCCAGACUCUAAAGUGUUUAUUGACAUGGGUGUGGAGUGGGAAUAUCGGAAUGUCGAUGACAGAGAAACUGUGCAGACCAUGGGGCCACUGCGUAAUGGAAUAGUUAUUUUGGUGAUUCCUCAUGGUAGUGCCAAGAUAUCUUUGACUUACAAGUACAUGAUCCAUGAAGAUUCCUUGAAUGUAGAUAACAAUAAUGUUUUGGAAGAGGACUCUGUGUCAUAUGAAUGGGCUCUAAAGAAAUGGUCCCAAUGUUCAAAACCGUGUGGAGGAGGCUAUCAAUUUACAAAAUACGGCUGCCGGAGGAAGACUGACCACAAGAUGGUUCAUCGGAGUUACUGCGAGUUGAUUCAAAAGCCGAAGCCCAUUCGCAGGGUGUGCAACCUCCAGGAGUGCUCCCAGCCCAUAUGGGUCACAGGAGAAUGGGAGCCCUGCAGCAAAAGUUGUGGGAAAACAGGAUAUCAAGUACGAUCUGUCCGAUGUAUCCAACCCCUACACGACAAUACAAAUCGGUCUGUCCAUACCAAGUACUGCAACAACGACCGUCCAGAAGGCAGGAGGCCUUGCAACCGGGAGCUUUGCCCAGCGCAGUGGAGAAUAGGAUCCUGGUCACAGUGCUCUGUCAGCUGUGGCAAUGGCACACAGGAUCGCCCGGUCGUGUGCCGGACCAGGGACAAUGCUAUUGGCAUUUGUAAAGAAAAUAAACCAGAGACCGUAAGGAUUUGCAGACUACCUCCAUGUUCAAGAAACGUUUCUGAUCCUUCAAAGAAAACGUACAUGAUACAGUGGCUGUCAAGACCUGAUCCAGACUACCCCAUCCAGAAAAUAUCUUCAAAUCAUUGUCAAGGAGACAAGUCAAUGUUUUGUCGCAUGGAGGUUCUCUCUCGUUACUGCUCAAUUCCUGGUUACAAUAAGCUGUGUUGCAAGUCCUGUAAUAUGUACAGCAACAUAACAGAGGAUGACAAUGUAACUGAUUCUAACGUAAAUAAGAAUAAUGUCAUUGAGGAGGAGCUCCUGACAACCCUCAGCCCUCCGAUGGGAGUGUCCACCACACAGUCUGCCACCAGCCCUCCUCUUGUUUCCAAAACACGUGCACCUCCUCCUAAUGCAACUGAGGAGCACCCAGAAAUCAAUGCGGUGGAUGUUCCCUAUAAAAUCGAUGGGCUGGAUAACGAAGUAUCGCAGCACAACAUCAUUACACGGAGGAGGAUACCUUAUGAAAGGACAAGGAAUCAAAGAAUUCAGGAGCUGAUUGAUGAGAAAAGAAAAAAAGAGACUCUUAGGAAAAUAAACUAAAAUGGAAAUAUGGCACAAACAACAUUUUUCUCUUAUAGAGAUGUUACCAACAUCAUGGUAUUGCCGAUGUCAUAGAGACUAAAAAUGGGAGAAAAUCAAAGUGGUGCUAUGGCGGAGAUGCCAAAUUCUCAAGCCUACUAUAAAUGGAAAUGACAGAUUGUUUCAUGAGUGCUAAUCCGAACACUUUGACGGCUAGGUUUACAGGGUACGGUCCAGUAUUAGUGCAAUAUCAUUACAGCAUUUCACUGAAUCCAAACAAACUGUAAUACCUAGGCCAGGUUAGCAGGUUUCUUGUUUAUGGGCUCUUUCAAGUCUUCUAUGCCUGUGUAAAACUGCUUGGGAAUAGUAAUGGGAAUUAUAUUAAGGGUGGAAGAAAACAGUCCCAAGACGUAAUAAAUGCCUUUAACGCUGACAAGCAGGUGGUCAGCAAUCCUGUGAUGCUUCUGUGCAUUGCAUAAAGCCGGGCACUAACUCAGCCCCUGGUUCAGGAAGGUAUUUGAGGGCGUGCCAGGCGAAGGUUAGCUGACUUUUGCAGAGCUGCUCCCGUGGUCAUGGCUAGGCAUGUGCUCACAUAGCUUUCUUAACCAGAACUGUGUAAGAAAAUACAUAGAGAAUUCUGUAGCCGUAUAUUUAUGUGUAAUUUAAAAACUGGCAAACAGUAGUUUACAUAUUUCCAUACACAAUUUCAAAGGAUUCUCCUAAACUUUUGAAUACACGGAAGAUAUUUAGAAGGGUAGAUCUGACCAACUUGGACUGACAACAUCGUAGUCUUUCUGUUUACAAUUAUCCAUAUUUUUUUAUAGUCUUUAAGUUCCUGUAGUGCAACAGCCUCAGUGAUCUUUGUUGGUUGGUGCUUUUUUAUUGGUCUGAUUAUUUUCUACCCACAUACUGUUUAAAUGACUGGAUUCUUGGUGCCUUUUCUUUGGUGCUUUGUUAAGAAAAGAUUUUUUUUUUUUCUCCCAUAGGAUGAGGCUAUUUUGGAGGAAAUAAUUUUGUAUUAUCUUCCUUUUCUUAGGACAGCUUUAUUGGUGCAGAUGUGAGCAGUCAUUUGCUGUGCCCUUACCUAUACACGUACACACACACACGUGUACUGACAGUACCAGGUCUGCUAGAAACUUAAAGAAGUGUAACCUGACAACCCUUUGAGUACUUCCUUUCCCCUCAGGGUCAUCAUGGUUUUCAUAGGUCAUUUUGAAUUCUUGGUUGGAGAUCAGAAGAUGAAUUCAGCUUGGCUCUAACGCUGCAGAGACAGGGAGUGUGUCCUGGUUCCUGCUGUGAGCGGCAUCUGAGCAGUUCUCCUGUCUCCUGGCUUGGACUCUUCCAUUUAUUUCCUCUUUGCUGGUAAACCUCUCGCAGAGACCAGGGCUUCCCUGAAAUCUUACUUUUAUGACUAUGUAGGUCUGAUAGCUCUUAGUGCAGAUUUUCCAGUCUGAGAGUAAGACCUCAUCCUGCAGCCUGAGCUGGACUUGCUUUGAAGCAGCAUCACUACUAGCGCUGUGUACGCAGUCGCAGAGUUAUUGGAAAGGUCCUGAGUUUCCAGCAGUGUGUAAGCUCUUCUGUGACCCCGCUGCUGCUGAAGAGCUUCAGAAGUAUUGCGAGGUGAACCGUGUGGCUUCCUGCAGCCCUGCCUUUUGCCUUUGACCACCGUGGCUGAAUGAGCUGCACAGUUUCCUCUCCAGAACAAGCCAGUCCUGCUGGAAAGAGGCAAAAGCCUGCAGGAGCAGCAUGGAACUGUUUCUGGCCUGAACUGUGGCCAGAGGUCUUUGAAGGACAAGACCUGGUGUAAGAAAAAUAAUUCACAGAGAUAUUAGCCAAGACAGACAAUGAAUGUUUUCAUCUGAUGUGAUGGCAUCAAGCAUCCCUUCUUACAGAGGACCAGGGUGAUACCCUUGGGUGAGUGUUUAGGACCAGCUCGGAUGGCACCAGGGGUGGGAGUUACAGCGAAGGCCGUGAAGUCCAGGAAGCAAAGCGGUCCUGGUAAAAGUCCAGAGCACUAGGAAACAUUUCCCAGGCCAAACAGAUGUGGCUGCAGAUGUGAAAGCAGCAGCCAGCGCAAGCUGUUCUGGUUUUGAAAAGUAAAACUAAAGCUCCACAGUUUGGCCCCACUGAGCAGUAGUUUGCUGGGGCAGGAGUCUCACCUCAGAACUUAACUCGUGAGACACUAAGCAUUUUCCUGAAGCUGAAGGUUGGUUAUCUUUAGUCGCCGAUGCGGCAGCCCUCGCUCACCCCAGCCCUGCUCCCUGCCUGCUGUUACAGAGCCACCAUGCAUGAGUGUGCCCAGCACUGGCCCAGGAGCCUUGUGCCGAGGGAUUUGUGGCUGUAUACAGACAGGACAAGUUUUAGUAACAGUGUAGGGUCAGGUCACAUUGUGCAAAACAGAGCAAUGUAGCAAUGAGCACUGAAGGGAGGGAAAAAAAGAACCCCCACCAUGCUAUUUAUAAGCAAGGAAGAUGUGUCUAAAUCAACAUCAUUCCAGCUGCUGUGCCAUGGGGGAGACAAGCUGUCGCUGGGCUCCCAGCCUGUAGACAUAGUGAGUAUUUUUUGCCUUCCACAUUUCCUUUAUACAGAUGUGUUUAGUGUGAAACUCAUCUUUUCCCCUUCAAGACAUUAUCCUGCUUUUAGCUCUGUGGUCAAUAAAAAUAAUAAACCACAAUCCUCAGCUUUGUCAUAGCCUAGAAGCACAUCCAAGCAGAUGAUAAGACCUAGGAAAAACCCUUACAAACCCAAAGGUAGAGAGGGUUUGAGGCUUUGAAGUUAUGCACGUGGGGAGGUAGAAGUUUCCUGUAUUGAUAGUACCAGUUCUAUUCACUGGGACUUUGUGGAGACCCAUUUCUCUGACCUCCAGCAGCCCAAGAUAACCCAAUAGCAUCUAUUCUUCCUUAGUAUCAGAAACAGGCGUAGUCAACCAGGCGCUGUGAAGAAAUGCCACAAGAGGAAGUUCCCAGAGCUGAAAUGUUGUGAUUCAAAAGCCUCUUCUGUCCAAAGGAGUUCUAAUUUGCCUCCCAGUAUCAAAUUGGGCAGGAACGGAUUUGGUGCAACCUCAAGUGACCUUUCUGCAGGCAGCAUGAGGGAAGGCCUGUUCCAGUGCGGAGGCUCAGCAUUUAAGGAAGUCUCAACAGUUCUGUGCUGAGCAUUUCCAGCUGUGUCUCCCAGUGGCCGGGACUGCUGUAGGCUGGACACGGUCAAUUCACAAGGGUUUCUCUUGCUCACGCACAGCAUGGACACCUUGGCUGAUACUUUCAAGCUGGUUCAAAGUUCAGAAACUUGACCACUUUGUUCUUUCACCAGAGUGAGUCAGUUUGCAAUCAAACAAACCAAAAACAUUUUUCCAGGUAAGGUGGAAACUUCUGCUUCAUCUUAGAGCAGGAGCAGCCUCCCAGGUGGCUGACGUGGUGCUACGCUAUGUCUGGUGCUCAUUAGGGACCCAAUGCAAUGCCUGGUGGUGUCUGUGUUUAGUAAGGGCUCGCUCCCUUCUCAGUCUCGCCUUUUGGUAGAUUUAACUUGAUUAAUUUCUUUCUGGUUUUAAUUUACUGAAUAUUUGUCUGGCUGUUAUUUGGGGAACACUGAAAUUAUAUUUGAAAGAGCAGCUUUGGUCUAGAUUGCUCAACAGAGUGAGACACACAUGGGUCCAUCUCCUUAUGAAGCAGAGUCACCAGUUGCCUUCUCUUUACAUUCUUGAUGUAGGAGGGGGUAAAAAAGAUCUCCUCAGAGCAGGAAAGAUACCUACUUUUGAAGUUGGCAUGAAUUUCUAUAAGGUUUUUUUGCCAGCAGUUCCCCAUGGUAUGUAUUUCCUAAGAACGUGUACUUCACUUCUACUGGAAAACACUGAUAAAUAAAAAGCAGCCGAAGGCAGUAGGUGAGGUUUUGCUCUCAGCUGAUCUUGGUUCCAUGUCAUGCAGUGGAAGUUUUGGUUAUUUUUUGGCUGAUUGAACUUUGACACCUCUUUCCUCUUUUCUACAAUGCUGUAACUGGGCAAGAGCAUCCUUACAGUGUGUCUUCUGCAGCUGUUAUGGUGUCGCUCAGGCACUGUGCUUUGAGACAUAGUGAGCAGAAAAUGGUAUUUUAAUGUAACCUAAUCCCUAGAAACUAAAGCAGAUUUAUAAGUAAGUAUAUUUCUGCAGGGACCAUCUCAAAGACCUGAGAACUAAAGAAAUGUACUCCCACUAAGCAAUACAUUUGCGAUCUAACCAUGCAAGUACAUAGCUUUCUAAAUUGUCAUUUUUCUGUUAGUCUAACCUUAAAAUCCAACUGACAGACCUUCAUAAAAAAAAACCCCAAGAUCCCAAACUAAUUCUGGUUCAUUUGGCUCCAAGCUACUGCCAUUUCUUUCACCAACAUUCCUUUAAAAAUGUCUGUAAUCUAUUAUGAAUGCAUCACUUUUUUUUAUAUUCAUAUAUCCAUUCCAUAUUUAGUCUCACCACAUCUCCACAGAAUGCUUUCAGAUAAUUUGAGAAUUCUAGAAUUGGUGCUUUACCAGUACUCAAAGGGUUUUAUGUUUUAUUUUAUUACGUAAUGCAUUUAAUGUCUUAUUUACUCACUACAAUGCACAUUAUUAGCUAUGUUCAUCUGAAUAUCUAUAUGUGACUUCCAUUCACUUACAUAUGCCUUAACAGCAAUUGCAAUAAAUAACCAUUUCUUGUAUAUUAAAAAUGUAUAUACAAAUUAGAAUCUUUAAUUUUAUAAUUUAUUAAAUUCAAAUGUCCGUGUUCUUUUGCAAA